GCCUUAUUAAGGUAACCCCGUGACUUUCACGUGUGCGGGGUGCAAAUCCUCCACCAUAUACUGGUCCGGUAAUGCCGUGGUCAUACCACGGCAUAGUCAGUCUACUGCCCUGCUCAAAGCACACAGCGACUUCGCGUAUAUGGUAGAUGCAAUUGGUGCUUCAUGAAGAAGAAUUGUGCUGCUCCGGCACCAAAAAAAGCUGUGCCUACAUUUGUUCUAUCGAACUUCACAGCCUCUAAUAAUCUGCAUCAUCGUAGACCUCAGCAACCUUGGAAGAAGGUUUUAUGGCGGAAACAGGAUUAUCCAGACAACUACAUUGACGAAUCUUUCUUGAACGGCUUACAGCGUAAUGUAAACAUUCAGGUAACGGACUUUUGGUCGCUUGUGGCCGAUUCAUUGCCUAUUACGCAGCAUCUCGCCAGUAUAGUUAUCUUUGUUGCCUGCUUCGUCGCUAUUUACCAGAACAGACUAUCGUGCACUGUUCUAGGCGUCUGCUCAAACGUGUUUGCCGUCUCUGCGUUCAUUUUGUGGGACCGUGUGAUUAGUAAACCCUCGCAAUCCUAUGUUUUUAUCAGCUAUCGAGAGUGUUUCAAAUCAUGUCUUCUCAUCGUGCUCACACUCAUCGGUCUUUCGCCUAUUCUAAUGUCUCUUACCAAAUCCACUUCCCCCGAUUCCAUUUGGUCUGUGUCUGUAUGGUUGUUUUUAGCUAAUGUGUUUUUCCACGAAUACACCGUCGACAACAAACUUAUUCGCUCUGAACACGAAGGCCAGCGGAACAGAUCUGCGUUUAACACUCGUUUGCACAAUUCUUUAUCCACAAAUGCCUCUCUGUCGGCCUCCGUUGUUUUGGCUUCGCGGCUUGAUCAGUCGUUGCAUGUUUUCAUUUUCAUCCUCUUUGCUGUAUACUGGUUUGCUCUGUUUCCUAUUUUUCGGAAAUACGUUCACAUGUAUUCCUUUUACGCCGACAUGCUUAUGACUUUAUUCAUGCUCAUCUCUGCUUACUUGGCCACAUGCAUCGUUGCUUCUGUCGCCAUAGCCUCUGUCUUUCUUCUUCUCAUCUUCUUUAUUUCGUUUGUCUGCCCUGUGUGGUUUAUUAAGCUGCAAAGGUUCAAAAAUGAGAUACAUGGACCUUGGGAUAUUGCUCGUCCACAGAUUGGAAAGAACAAGUUUUCAUAAGAAUCCCUGGCAUUUCCAUUCACCAUUAAAGCAUCGCCGCUGCGUUCAUUUACAUCACCAUAUGAGCUUUCCGUGUGUAAGUGGGACAAAAUCAAGCAAGCCAACUUUAAUUUGUAUCAUCUUUCAUAACUACAUCUAUCCUCUGUGAUUGCGACGACAGUACUUUUAUUGCUCAAAUGCUUUCUCCUCUUCACUACUUAGGUUCCAAAAUAACCCUCUCCUUCAUACACUUCAGCAUAAUGGAAUUAUAUGCGAUUUUUGACACAAUUCUAAAAGUCAUGCUUUUUCUACAGCUCACCUCUUCCUCGUUGCCAAUUCAUUUUUUAAACAGAUUUCCAUCAUGCCGUAAGUCUGUGCCUUAGAGAGUGCAACUGCGCGUUAACUGGUUUAACAGUUUCCAAGGAGCUGUAGCGCGAAGUUCCUUGCUGAGACCUCAAUGAUGAGCAAUAGCGCCUGCAUCGCCU